AUGGAGCAACCGGCUAUGUCCUGGCCGGAGCCACUUCAUGAGAACUCGCUCAUUCCGGGGGAGGAUGAGUUCUCCAAUUUUCUUGAGUUCAAUAUGCAGUUUCCCGAUCUCGAGGGGCACGGACCUGGCCAUUCGCAUUCUCAGCAGCAUUCUCUCCCCACCGACUCAGAAAUUACUCAACACCCGCGUCCCCAGGUGCAGUAUCCCGGUCAGAUGGAGGGUCUCGCCAUGGAUUUCAACGGUCAAGGUCCGGUGCAAUCGCAUCAGUUGCCCUACUCUGCUCCCCCCAUGGCCCCGGGUUUCUGCACCCCAACUUCGCAGUCGAUGCCCCAUCAGUCGAGCCAGCAUUAUAUGCAGGGCCAACCGGCGAUCCCUCCCACACCCAACAGCAUCGAGCUGCAAGGAAACGCUGCCCGCUACGGGCACCACGCAGAGGAGAACCAUGAAAUGUACGAUAGAUAUGCGCGCAUCAACGAAGAACAGGCCUUGUACACGCCCCUCGUUUCUCCUGCUAUGACCCCAUUGGAGAACCAAUUCCGACUCCCAGAAUAUACCAUCCCUGGGGAAUAUUUCACUCCUCUGACGUCCCCGGCACUGGAGGCUCAAAAUGCCAAUAACUCCAAUAAUGGCUACCCGUACCCCUCAAGGCAGGUGUCAGAUGUGGGAUUUGUUCCCACGACUGCGGAGGUGAAUCCUCUCCCUGGUGCAUCUGCCCCGCCAUCGCCCAGCGUCAUCCGAAAAACUCAUCGCCGGCGACCGUCAACGACUCCCCGACUCGCCGGACGGAACAAGGUGAAGCAGUCGCCGUCCAUUCGGGCACAGGCGCAACGGAAGCGGACUCUAGUAAAUGCCAAUUCGGAGGAAUUUUACCAAAGUCUCAACCAGGAGCUGGACGGCAUCAAACCGCAGAACCACGAUGUCCGCUCCCUCCAGGCCAGCAGCACAGAAGGUUCUGGCCAAGACUCGGUAUCUCCCGAGCCAUUGUCUGAACCGCUGAUGCCACCCCCGGCGCUCCCACCGCCGCGCAAGUCUCCCGCAAUAGCACCACAGACAGCGCAGUCUCCCGGGACCGCCGCCACCCCCGCGACGCUGAUGCGCAUCCAGCGGUCACAGCCCGCGCAGGAUUCAAACCAGCUGAGUGGCCAAAUGCAACUCGUACAGCCCGAGUUCCAGGACGAGGUUAUGGAGGAUAUCGCCUUACCAGAAGCGGCUACCCCAUCCACACAGCUGCGCCCUAAAGUAAAUCGCAUCGAUACCGCCGUACAUACAGGCACGGCCAGCCCGGUGACCUCGGCGAGUGUGACUCCGGCCUUGGAGCCUCGGUCUGCUACAGUCGAUCGGACUCCCGGCGGGUCUGUUGCAUUCAGCCCACGCACCGUCGCCAUGCCUUCCCCGACCGGGUCCGUACCCAAAAAGUCGGAACCGUCCCGAGUCUCGUCUGCUCGGAAACGGCCCAGCUUGAGCUCUACGCAUGCCAGUCCGCAGCUGCGGCCAAAGAUUAGCCCGAGCAUCCAGCCUCUCAUGCGCAACGAGGGUGAGUCCCAAUUUGGAGAGCUUCUCAGGAUCACUGCAUGUACUGACCUUAACGAAACUCUUUUAGGCGUAACACAUGAUGCACUCUACCUGGCCUCCAAAUCGAACUACCAGCACAUUCUCGAUGGCACUCUCCCUUCGGGCGUCUCAUAUCCAGAAACCCUCGCCGAGAACCUGAGCUCCAAGCGCACGAACCACAAGCUUGCCGAGCAGGGUCGCCGGAAUCGGAUUAAUAGCGCCCUCAAGGAAAUUGAAACGCUUAUCCCGCCGGAGUUCGUACAAGCACGUCAGGCGAAGGAAGCAGCAGUGGCGGGAACCUCCAAGCCGGGCGAAAAGGAGAAAGACAAGCCCGCCAACCAGGCCAUCAGCAAGGCUAGUGCGGUGGAGAUGGCCAUCGAUUAUAUAAAGGCUCUAAAGAUGACUCUCGAUCAAACAGCUGCGAAACUCGCGGCAGCCGAGGCCAACCUGGCGGGAAAACCAGACGGGAAAGAUCCCAAGGAGCCCGCAGUGAAUGGGGUCUCAAACUCCACGGCCAAGGCAUCCAAGUAA